AUGAAAUACUCAAUGAUAGCUCGGACGAGCCGGAACGAGGACGCUAAGUUAUUUGGCAAAAUGAACCACGAGAUCACCCUUCGGACGACGGGAUACGGAUUCCUGAGCGCCGUGUGUCGCAUCGGAGGAAUCCUCGGGAGCCUCACGUUCGGGAGCUUCAUCGGGAUCAGCAGGGCCAUCCCCAUGGUCACCACGGCGGGGGUCCUCGUCGUCGGGGCGUUCGCUGCCCUCAAACUGCCCGAGACGAAGGACGUCUUGAUGUGAAGGGGAGAGUCCGCGUUUUCUCUCGUCUGUGACGACGGAGGGCGGCGAGGCCGCGGGGGUCCUCGAAGGAUUUCGGGAAUCCAUUUUUCAUCGCUCGAUUAUCGCAAGGGUUAAGGAACCUUUUAAUUAUGGUCACUAGUUUGGUUCAAAGCUCACAGAAGAAAGGGAUUUGUUCCCUUCGUUGUAGAGAAACAAAACCGCCUGUCGGGUUCUGCAAUUGAUACGAUCGGGUUCUGCAAUUGAUACGAAGAAUCAAAAUGGAGUUCACAAGAGCAUUUCGAUUCAUGACUGCCUUCCUGUUCGGCUUAAUGGAGGGCAUCUGGCUAUGGCAUAAUCAGUAGAUGCUUUUACAGCAUAUGCGGAUCUUUCGAGUCUUCAGUAUUUAUGGGGAGCGUUCUGAAGAUUCUUGCCUUGAGAAAUCAUCAAUGACAAUAUAAUUGUCAACACGAAGAUUUUGACUUUUUUAUAUUAAGGACUAGAACGAUCAUGGAAAAGGAGGAUGAAGCAUUUUCUCAUCGAGUAGAAACGCAGUCAAAGUCAAAUGUUUCUGUGAGGUCCAUUUUCGCUCAAGCCAUACUUCGGGCCAGAAAAAUGGCUUCUUAAUCGGAUGAAUUUAAGAAAAAAAAAAAACCAGUCGAGUCGCUCUUCGAGAGCGCAAUUUCAUUCUACGACAAACGGAACAAAUGGUAAAUUUGUUUACCUUUCGAACCAAAUUUUAUAUUUUACUUCUGGAGGAAACCAGUCAGAGGUGAAAUUCAAAAGAGCCCGUGGUCAGAGACUAUUAGAGAGCA